AAUGCAGAUAACAUACACGAUUGUGUAAAAUCAAAAUUGUCCGCAUAAACUCCAUUUGGAUCACCAUACGAGGGGUUGAGAGCGGAAGUCGCGUCGAAUCAACACGAACAAAACACUUUCAGUGGCUCUGGAGUUUGAGCAACAACAAGACGUAGGAAGCAUGUUGACAGCUCUGUGGCUUCGUCGUCCUCUGUUUGCAACUUGUGCACGCUCCAUCGCGCUGCCGACGUCUGUCGGUGCUGCACAGCGACGAAGUUCGACCACAAAGCAGCUCAAUGUGCCGCCCAGCGCCGAGUUUGUCGCGCGGGUCACCGGGAUCCCAACCAUGGCCAGGCUUCCUCACCGGGACACCGCGGACGGACUCGACGCGGCCUUCAUCGGGGUCCCCAUUGACACCGGAACUUCCAACCGACCCGGAGCGAGGUUUGGUCCAAGGCAGAUCAGAGUGGAAUCCGCUUUGCUGAGGGCCUACAAUAGCGGUACCAGAGCUGCUCCUUUUGAGUCGCUUGCGGUGGCUGACAUCGGGGAUGUCAACGUCAACAUGUAUGACCUGAAGGACACGUGCAAACGCAUCAGGGAGACCUAUAGAAAGGUGCUGGCCUCUGGUUGUAUCCCUCUGACAAUGGGUGGAGAUCACACCAUUACGUAUCCGAUCCUGCAAGCUAUAUCUGAGAAAUACGGACCGGUGGGGCUGAUCCAUGUGGACGCUCACUCCGACACCAGUGAUGUGGUCUUGGGGGAAAAGAUUGGCCAUGGGACCCCGUUCAGGCGAUGUGUGGAGGAAGGCCUGCUGGACUGCAAGCGAGUGGUGCAGAUCGGCCUCAGAGGUUCAGGCUACUCUGCUGAUUCAUACGAGUGGAGCCGGGCCCAGGGAUUUCGGGUGGUACAAGUGGAGGAAUGCUGGUUCAAAUCUCUGGGACCUCUAAUGGAAGAGGUCAGGGGUCAAAUGGGCAGCGGUCCCGUGUACCUGAGUUUUGACAUUGAUGCUCUCGACCCAGGCUUUGCCCCUGGAACAGGGACACCAGAGAUUGCUGGGCUCACUCCAAUUCAGGGUGUUGAGAUUAUCCGAGGCUGCCGUGGAUUGAGCCUUGUGGGAUGUGAUCUGGUCGAGGUGUCACCGCCUUAUGACACAACAGGAAACACGGCCCUGACAGGUGCCAAUCUCCUUUUUGAGAUGUUGUGCGUCCUUCCAAAUGUUAAAUAUUACUGAAAGUUUUUAUGCUCAUGACAGAACACCUCCCCCCACAUCCCUCAAGUACACGCCUUAUGUACACAAUUGGAUUAUUUUCAUAUAGUGUUUUGGGCGUCAUAUGCCAAAAACAACACCAAAAAAUGAGUACUUGAUUCAUUUAAAUGUUUUUGUUUGUUCUCUGACCGGAUGUAGAGUACCAAAUACUUUUGCAUUGAUUAAGUAGGACAGUUUGUGUGAACAGGACCUACACUGUGGAAUUGUUCCAACAACUUCACUGUUGGUUUAUGCUUACAAACUAGAGAUGAGGAAGAUGGAAAUAUCCAUCUAUCCAUCCAUUUUCUGACCUGCUUAUCCUCACAAGGGACGUAGGAGUACUGGAGCCAAUCCCAGCUGUCAUCAGGCAGGUGAUAGGGUACACCCUGAACUGGUUUCCAGUCAAUUGCAGGGCAAAUGGAGACUAACAGUCACAUUCACAAUCAUACCUUAGGACAAUUUAGAGUGCAAUUAAUUUGGGAUGUGGGCGGAAAACCAGAGUGCCCGGAGAAAACCCACUCAGGCACAGGGAGAACACGCAAGCUCCACACAGGCGGGACUCGGAUUUGAAACCCGGUCCUCAGAACUGUGAGGCCAACGCUCAACAGCUGCUCCACCGUGCCGCCAAGAUGGAAAAAUGUUAAUCCGUAAUUCUGGAAAAUGUUACACUGUCAGAUGUAACUUAAAAUGACGCGUGAGUCAUUCUGUUUAUCCCCGUAGAAUUUAAAGUCUACAGGGCGUUGACCACCACAGAGAGCGGAAACAUUUCAUUUAUCACAGCUGCUUCCUGCAGCUGCUGAGUCUGAUUUCACUUGGUACUGGACUACAACAUGUAUUCACCACAGUGCCAUACCAGACCAGAUACAAUAGUUUGCGUUUUUCAAUCGUCUUCAUGAUCACAGGGGAGCUUGAGUCAUCCCAUCUGAUUUUAGGUGGUCAGCCAAUCAGUGCCAGUCUGACAAUUCAUGUGUUUUCUGUAAUCCUCUUCCGGGUUGCAGGGAGUUGGCUUCGGAUGAACGGUGGACUUAUUAGUGGGUACAGUAGCCAAAUAUAAGUAAAAAUUAGUCCUCACACUCAAGAAACCCUUGAGUACCAUCCAUCCAUCCAUCCAUCCAUCCAUUUUCUUUGCCACUUAUCCUCACGAGGGUCGCGUGGAGUGCUGUAGCCUAUCCCAGCUGUCAAGGGGCAGGAGGCGGCGUACACCCUGGACUGGUUGCCAGCCAAUUGCAGGGCACAAAGAUAACCUUCCAAUCACACCGAGGGGCAAUUUAGAGAUGUGGGAGGAAACCGGAGUGCCCACCCAGAGGCAACCCACGCAAGCACGGGGAGAACAUGCAAACUCCACACAGGCGGGUCCGGGAUUGAACCCGGGACCUCAGAACUGCGAGGCCAACGCUUUUAUCAGCUGACCCUCCGUGCUGCCCCCCUUGAGUACCUUCUGGUUUAAAAACUAUUUAGCAUGAAUGUCAAAAAAAAAGAUCCACUGACAGCUGCCACAAUUUCAAUUUAAACUGCCCCAAAACAAAAAAACGCAUUGGCCCUACAGGAAAAACAAGAAAACAUGACUUGCUUUAUUUCCUUAAAUAAUUUUGUUUGCUGACCACACAAUCGAUGGUGUGAGACACUGGUUGAAGUCAGAAAUUGGCUGAAAAAUAAGACUGCCAAAUGUCAUUUUGUUUGUGUGUCCAAUAAAGUGUUGUGCGGUUGUUUAUUUUUUUCUCCCCCAAAAUAAGUCACUUUGAUUAGCCCACAAAGGGUUUGUGUGCGGUCAGGUGACUGCGUUGGAGUCAAACGACACUAGUGAUCGUGAAGAUGAAAUAGAAUACUGUAGUACACAAGCAAUAAUGGAUAAAAUAUCUCGCAGAGUCUUGAUCAUUCUAAUGAAGUAAAACUGUUCACAUCAAUACUACAGUUUAUCCCAAAUGUUACUCGAGUAAUGGAGUAAAUGUAAUCCAUCGGUCACCAGUCAAUCACAGGGCACAAUGAGAAACUUUACAACCUAACAUUUUUGGAUUGUGUGAGGAGACUGGAAUACCCUAAACAAACCCAUCCAAACUCCACCAGUAAGGUCAAUUUCAAACCCCGAACCUUUGACCAAUCACUGCUGUAUAGAAAAUGGAUAGAAUGGAUGUUUAGUGCGGCUUACCUCCCAUAAAAUGGCAUAUUCAUGUUUUACCAAUGCCAUGAUAUGUUCAAGUAUGUCUUCGGGGUGUCAUGAAGGCUCACCUUUAUGUGCCCAGACAAGUCAUGCACGCAACUCCUGAUGGGGGAAAAACUGAAGGUUGCGACAAGUGGGCAUGACUCCAAAUAAUAAACUGGGUGAUUGCAUGAAUACAAAAGUACACUAUUGAGAUUUGGGCAACAUUCGACACAUGUAUAAACUAGUGAUGUGCAAAUUAGGGUGGUUUAAAAAGUUUGUAUUGAAAGCGUCAUUUAAUAACGAAAUAUUUCUCAGAAUGAUAGUGUUGUUCCACACCUCAAAUUAACAUAAGAGUUUGGAAUAAUAUUAAAAUAUCUAGGUGGCACGGUGGGUCAGCCUGUAAAGUGUUGGCCUCACAGUUCUGAGGUCCUGGGUUCAAUCCCAGACCCGACUGGAGUUUCCAUGUUCUCCCCGUGCCUGCGUAGGUUUCCUCUAGGCACUCCAGUUUCUUCCCACAUCCCAAAAACAUGCAACAUUAAUUGGACACUCUAAAUUGCCCCUAAGUGUGUGAGUGGCUGUUUGUCUCGAUGUGCCCUGCGAUUGGCUGGCAACCAGUUCAGGGUGUACCCCGCCCGCCUCCUGCCCGUUGACAGCUGGGAUCGGCUCCAGCACGCCCUGCGACCCUUCUGAGGAUAAGUGGCAAAGAAGAUGGACGGAUGGAUUAAAAUAUCAGUCUG